GUGGAGAGGCAGCGCGAGGCAGCGCGAGGCCGGGCCGGCGGCGGGAGCGCGAGCGCGGGGCCGCCCCCUCAGAGCCGCCCCCUCAGAGCCGCGCACGUCGCCGCACCGCGUGUGGGGCGGGCGGGGGUGCCGCUUCCCUCCCCCCCUUCUGCGUGAACGCUGCGGAAUGAUAAUGCCCCGAUUAAAGGAAUAAAGAGUUGAGGGACGGCAGCGGCGCGGCCCGGGGCCCGCGUGAGGGGCCGCGGCCGGAGGCGCUCCGCAGGCGGUCGCUUAUUUUCAAUGCGGCUUCGGAAGGGCGCGCGUCUGUCAGCGCCGCCCUCGGAGCUGCGCGCGGAGCGGCCCCGGCGGCAGCGAGCUGCAGAAACGCCCCGCGCCGCAAACGUCAGCCAAAAUACUCACGGCAGAGGUACACGAGAGAAAAGGGUUAAGGAUCCCUCCCGCCUCCCCCGGGGGUAGAGAUGGUCCCGGGUACCCUUUGUAGGCAGGAACAGGAGGGGGGGAGGCCGGCCCCGUGCCGCCGCGCCGGUCGGCGGCAGCCAGGAAAACCAGCCGAGGGCAGAGAAGCGGGAGAAGGCGGAGGAGAUGAAAUAUCCGUAACUUUGAUUUCUGCUUUAUGAACAAGGGAAGGGACCUAACAACUCACUGAAAAGAGUGAGUUAUCAUCGAAUCAAGGGAGAAUUUCUACUGUAAAGCCGCUGUGAAAAAAGAACACCGUAAAAGAUGAAGGACCUAGCUUGUACUUCUGACUCCUAUGUGCAUGAACAAAGCCCCAGUAACCAGACAUCUAUAGCAAUGAUGCAAGAACCUCAGGAAAUGGUGGAAGAAACAGUUACUGUGGAGGAGGAUCCAGGAACCCCCACUUCCCACGUGUCUAUUGUCACUUCUGAGGAUGGAACAACAAGGAGAACUGAAACCAAGGUUACCAAGAUGGUCAAAACAGUCACCACUAGAACAGUGCGUCAGGUCCCGCUCGGACCCGACGGCCUGCCAUCAAUGGAUGGUUCAUCUCCCAUGGGCAGCUACACAGAUUCAAUAGACAGAAGGUAUAUGAAGAAUGGGGAGCGGUACAUCACCCCACAGGCGUCGUCCACGUUAACCAGAUCUUACAACAGCUACAAUGAUUCCUACCCUGACGGCCACGAAGGCCAGUAUCGUCCUUAUAUCAGUCACGAUGGUUAUGGAGAUCUAGCAGACAACUAUGGCAGCCUGUCACGUGGCGUCAACUACCGUCCUCGCUACGCCUACGUGCCAGGAAACAGCUACCGGCCUGACGACGGGAGCUUCACGUUGCCAAGCAGAAGGGAUAACUAUGGUCCUGUUGCCCAGCCUCAGGUACCAGUGGGCAGCAGUGUUGACUUGAACCGCUCUCAGCCAGAACGUUUCCAGCCGGAGCCCUAUGGGCUAGAGGAUGAUAACCGCAGCCUUGGAGUCGAUGACGAAGGAUAUGAACUGGAUCCUGAUUAUUCUACUGUGAACCGAAGGACAUCUGCAGGUGUGCCGGAGAGAGGAAGACCUCACAAAGGAAGGGGCUAUGAUGACCCCAUUGAGACAGAGAUGGUGGAAGAGAGGAUCCCUUACCUCCACGGCAGCUACGCGGCACCGCUGGCACAGCCAGAGCGAGGAAGCAUGGCCAGCAUCGACCGCCUGGGGAAGCGCUCCCCCUCUAUUGACAGCAUUCGCAAGGACCCCAGGUGGAGGGACCCUGACCUCCCCGAGGUCAUUGCCAUGCUCAGCCACCCGAUUGACCCGGUCAAGUCUAACGCCGCUGCCUACUUGCAGCACCUGUGCUACGAGAAUGAUAAAAUCAAAAAGGACGUGAGGCACCUUAAGGGGAUCCCCAUCUUGGUGGGCCUGCUCGAUCAUCCAAAGCCAGAGGUCCAUCGCAAAGCCUGCGGGGCCCUCAGGAACAUCUCCUAUGGGAAAGAUAACGAAAACAAGGUGGCUAUAAAGAACUGUGAUGGGAUCCCUGCUUUGAUCAGACUCUUGCGAAAAACAAAUGACAUGGAAGUCAGAGAGCUAAUUACAGGCACUCUGUGGAAUUUGUCUUCCUACGAGCCCCUGAAGAUGGUCAUCAUCAACCACGGCCUGCAGACGCUCACCAACGAGGUGAUUAUACCCCAUUCUGGCUGGGAGAGUGAGCCCAACGAGGACUCCAAGCCUCGCGAUGCUGAGUGGACAACUGUCUUCAAGAACACUUCUGGCUGCUUACGGAAUGUAAGUUCAGAUGGAGCAGAAGCACGCAGAAGGCUAAGAGAGUGUGAUGGCUUGGUGGAUGCCCUACUUCACGCCCUACAGUCUGCAGUUGGCAAGAAAGAUACGGACAAUAAGUCCGUGGAGAAUUGUGUGUGCAUCAUGAGGAACCUUUCCUAUCAUGUCCACAAAGAGGUCCCCGGAGCUGAUAAGUACCAAGAACUUGAUGCUGGUCAGACUGCGGGCACGGGAGGCUCUCAGAAAAAGAAGAAAGAUGAUGCUGGUUGUUUCGGUGGAAAGAAAGCUAAAGGAAAGAAGAAUGGAGAUUUGGACAGGAGUUUUGAUACACUUGAUUUGCCGAAGCGGUCUGAGACAGCAAAAGGCUUUGAAUUACUGUACCAACCAGAUGUGGUCCGACUGUACCUCUCCAUCCUCACCGAAAGUCAGAACUUUAACACUCUGGAAGCUGCAGCGGGGGCUUUGCAGAAUCUCAGUGCUGGCAACUGGACGUGGUCCACAUACAUUCGUGCAACAGUGAGGAAAGAGAGAGGCUUGCCAGUGCUUGUGGAGCUACUCCAGUCCGACUCUGACAAGGUUGUGAGGGCUGUUUCAAUUGCCUUGAGAAACCUUUCCAUGGAUCGCCGCAAUAAAGACCUUAUAGGUAGUUAUGCCAUGGGUGAGCUGGUUAGAAAUUUGCCCAGCAGGCAGCAGAGAUCUGCAAAGAACCUGGAAGAGGAUACAGUGGUUGCUGUAUUGAAUACAAUCCAUGAAAUCAUUACUGACAGCUCAGAAAAUGCAAGGUCUCUGAUCCAGACACAGGGCAUUCAGAAGCUGGUGGCUAUCAGCAAGUCAAGCCAGUCUCCUCGAGAAACAAAAGCAGCGUCUCACGUUCUUCAGAUGAUCUGGAGCUACAAGGAGUUACGAAAUGCUUUGCAGAAAGAUGGCUGGAACAAAUCACACUUCCAGUCUGUUUCUGCAACUCCAAAGAGUUCCAAAGGUACUGCUGGCAGGUCUGGCUAUGAUGACAGCACUUUGCCGCUGGUGGAUAAAAGUCAAGAUAAUGAGAAAACUGGGAGUCGUGAUAUGAUACCUAUGGAUGAACUUGGCCCAGAUGGAUACUCUACCAUCGAUCACCGGGACAAGGAGCGCAAAUACAAGACCAGCGAUAACACAGGGGAUGCCUCAGAGAAAGAACCCUUAAAAGGCUAGAGUCCAACCACAUUUUUUUUUAAUUGAGGGGGAGAAAAAAGCAUUGAAUUGACACAGAGGAUUUCAUCAGUCACCACUGCCAUUUCGAUCUGGAGGGCGCUGCAUCACUGACAAGGCUGCGGAUUCUAAGAGAAUGCAGGGAGAAAACACAACUGACUGCCAUUGCCAACCCAGAGCACCAUGCCUUACAGCGAGACAGUUUGCUUUUUAAAUCAGUUACAUUCCCAGCAGACAUAGCCGCCUCCUGCUCCCUCCCACUCCUGCAAGAAUAAAGCAAGCAAGAAAAGAGAAUCCAAGUUCCAUCUGGCUGCUGCAUUCUUAGGUGACUUACAUGUGGAAGGUGCCAAGAAUGAGAAGCGAAGGUCAUGCAGCAGCAAAGAGGACAGCUUCAUAAGUGAACUGCAGAAUAUUUGAAAUGAUACCUUAGGUGUAGUCAUGAAGAUAUUAGCACUUUUAUGGUUUGGGUCCCAUUGUUUUCUUUUUGUUUGGGGGGAUGUAUUUUGAACUGUGAAUCUAACAUUUUUAAAGGGUUUUUGAAAAAUGUUGAGGUUUUCUUUGUUAUUUCAACAGGAAUUGCAGGAAUGUUGAGUGGGUUUAUUGAAUUUCAAUGAAGAGAGAAAAUACAGAACAAAAAAUAUUAAAUGCUGGUCAGAUGAACUGGAGAGUAGAUAACAAAAUUGGUGCAAGCUGUAUAAAUCUGCUUUUAGAGUAAGCUAUAUCAAUCACAGUGCUAUAUUAUCGUUAUAAUCUGAUGUACAGUACUUCUGCCUUUUGAAUUCUGUAAUGGCUCUGCUUUUAUUUCCACAUGAAGGUUUUAGUGUCCCCAGUUCAGAAAUGUAUGCUCAGAAAUGGAGUUGGCUGACUUUUUAUUUUCUUAUUCUCAGAGGUUGCAGUAAGGAGCUCUUACGUUUUAAUUGUACCAGUGUUGCAUUGAUGACAAUUAACAAUUUCUUUUGCUGUAGCUGUCAACACAUUGGAAGAAAUAGAAGCUUCUUCACAGGAUGUCUUAUUUUGAACAUACUGUACAUUUUAGAGGGGUCUGUCAUUUAUAUUUGAUGGUAAAUUUAUCACUGUUGGAUCCAUGUUUGCUUUGGGCCAUAGAUCCUGGUGGAAAAUGCCAUAAAGGGAACAGAUCAGACAUUUUUUAAAUCAUCAUCAUUUCUGUGUUCCCUUGAUUUUGUUUUGAGAUUACAUAUUUUAGGUGGUAUGAAAAUCAUCCAUGUGCAAAUGUUCUCCUCUUAGAUGCCAUGGCGUGCUCUGGAUAAGGCAGAAAAUUUACCUCAUGAGAACAGAGAACAUACGCUGCAUAUACAGAAUAUGAUAAUGCCACGAACUAAGUGACUUUAGAUCACUGAUUUUCUGCAGGCAUUGGUCAAGGGAGGGCAGCAGAAAAGAAUAGGAACCAAAUAUCUCACUAGUAAGCAUCAGAGGGCUUUUGCUGAUUUUGUUUGGUUGCCACAUUUAAUUCUAAAUAAGCUCCUAAAAAUGGUGUGACUGGAAAGCACAUUUUUGAGCCUAGCGAACAUCAUUUGGUGUUUUCAGUGCCUGCCAUUUCCUUUGUAAUUAAAAAGGGGAAAUAUCCAACAACCUUGCCUCACCCAAAAUAUUACUGUAAUAGUAAGCAUUUGAAGUUUUUGUUAAAAAAAAAAAAAAACACAAAAAAGCAAGUACCAAGAGCUUUCUAUCUUCGUGAGUAUAUUAAAAAAUUGACAUGAAUACAUAUAUAUAAAUAAAUAAAUCUAUAUAUCUAUAUAUAUAUAUUGUUGUGCAGAGGAUAGGUUAAUAAAACCAUGUAAAGUAGUUUGCAGGAGAGGGAAGCAUUUGUUGAUUCAGGGAAAAAGACUGAUGCCAGAAGCUGUCAGUGAUUUGGAUGAUACAUGUGCUCCUUCACCCUCCUCCCUUUUGACCCUCAUCUUCUAUGUACAUUGCAGUAGUCACUUCUGGAUCAUAGAGAAGGUGAAGUUGCUCAGAGCAAAUUAAGAUAGCAACUAUUUGUGGGGUUUUCACCUGCAUGAGAGUUCUAUUGGGCCAAAGAUGCUCAGCAGAUCAAGGGAAGCAGAGAUGCAUCUGUGAUUAUCAACAUCUGUGUCAGAGGCAGUGUCUCUGUGUGUAGACAUAAAGUUUGGCGAUGAAACCAGAUACAUAGUCUGACUGUAUAUUAUAUCAAUGGUGCUCUUUUCAUACUUGUUCUGCCAAUACGCGGAGACCCUUUUAACCAAGCUACACAGAAACGUUUUAUAUCACUUUUGGUUAUGUACUUGGUGUAUUCUUUUUGUAUAUGAAAGGAUUUUUUUAAAAGCGUUCAGUAAUUAGCAACGGAACCUGCUUUGUAGCUAAUUAGAACAGUGUAAGAAAAGGGCCAUGCUGUCAGUCUGUCCCUGAUCUACUUCAAACCAUAUAUUUACCAAAGGAGUCUGAGCAAAAGUUCAUUUAAAAUAAAGACCUGACUGUUGAGUCUCUGCUAAGACUUUGUAAUUCAGUUGCUGUACAAAUAUUUCAAAGCCAGCAAGAGGUUAACAGAGAAAACUGCAGGAAAGGGGGAAGUGAUGUGAUUAGGGGUCAGUUAUGUCCAUGACCUCCUGUGCCAGGUAUCAUAUGACUCUCAGUGGGGCACUACAAGGACACUCAAAAUCUAUGGGUAUCUGUUUUUGUCUCUGUCAUUAGUGAAUCAAACUGAAAACACUAAGGAAAACUUGAGAAGCAAAUUCAGACCCUAUCCAGCUUCCCCCCCCCCAAAGACCUUUUCAUAUUUAUACUGCAUCCUCUGUCAAGCAAACCUCCCUGUCAGGUUAGAUGGCAUUGGCUGCCCAGGCUCAUUGUAGCAAACUCUUCUUCUUCCUUUCUCCUGGGAUAAAGUGUUCUUGGCAGCCCCGAUGGUUCAGAGGUGAAAGCAUGGUUUAUUGCAGCAAAAAAGUAAAGGGUAGUACAUAAGAGGUGUGAAAUGCCAAGUCCACGUGCCAAGACGUCCUCCUAGGAAACAACAUCUUACUUUUGUCCUUCCCAUGCCUUACAGUUAUGAUGAAUUUCUCGGUAUGUAGCAAUAACCAAUAAUGUAUCAUUUACGUUACUGUGUUUAUUUUUUUUCUCACCAAGCUGUUGUUCGGAUGAUGAGGAAAGAAAAUGGGCUGGGAAUGACUUGCAUAUGAGACUAUCGCCUUGUACUAUCAGCUCACAAGCCAAAAUGUCUAGCAAGAUACUUUGAACUUAGUUCGGUGAUUUAUCCAAUGUCCUUUUCAUCUGUGGCCACAUGCCAACUUCCAGAAUGCAUUGGUGGGAUGUGUGUCCACACCUGCCCUUAUAUCUCUCCUUCUUGAUGCAAGUGUGACUGGGCUGGUUGAGCUCUUCUGGAAUGUGGGUAAAUAAACCAGUAAUUGUUGAGUUUGUUUUGGCAGCAGGGAUAGUACGUUAAGAAGGGAAAGUGGCAGUGUGUGUAACUAAUGCUGCAGUAUGGUCUAGAGGCUCCUGCUCAAAGGCAGGCAGUGCUUUUUAGGGCUCAGGUAUGUGACCUCCUCUUUUCCUGUUGGUUCCACUGUGAAAACUGGAGGCAGUCUGUCUGCAAAGAGCUGGGGUAGGAGAGAUUUGUACCUGCAGAAAUUUAAGUGGGAGGGGUGGUUGUGGAAGGAAAAGAUGGGUGUUGCAAGACUCUUAAUAAAGAGGAGGAAGAAAUUUGAUCGCCCAGUAAGGGCUGAGGUAACGGGAUGGAAGAGAUUUCUGAUGGCAACUAACUGCUGAACUUUCAUCCCAGGGAGAUGGCUUGCUCACUGCCCAGGCAUAUUCAGUAGGCUGUGGAGGUUAAACAAAACUGAAAACCAAGAAACAACACUGAUAGGGCCACUUAAUGUUGUGUGUCAAGACUGCCAGGUAAGCAUGAAGUUGGGCUGUUGAGUGGAUGAGUGAUUUAUCCUUCCAACUCUAAGGAUUAUGUGAUUCUGUCUGUGCAGCGUCCAGCAGAAAGGCAAGAUGUAAGGACAUUUUGUUUCUGUGUUGGAGCUAAAAAGCAAUUUAGCCGUAAGUGUAACUUGACAAAUCAAAGGUGGUUGCCAGCUUGAAAUGUUCCCCAGGGAGCAGCUUGGGCAGCCAGAAGUCUUAUGGGCAGAAUACCUGAGUGUCCCUGGUUCUACACUAGUGCACUCAGACCCACAGAUUCUAAAUGUAUAUAUUAGGAAAAUAAAUCUUGUCUCCUUUGCCAAGACUUCAUAAAAGGGACUGACUUGGGGACUAGGAACUGACUUGUUAAGUGAUGCGUUAAGGAAGUGGGGGUGGCAUGUUUGUUAGAGCCAAUUAGUAAGCUCCUGCCAACUCAGAGGAAUAGUUUUCAGUGAUGAUUUCUAGCAUGCAUGGUUUAUGCUGGGCAAAGCAGUUUUCAAUCCUACAGCGAUUUUGUUAGCUUGAAGGUGGUGAGUUACUUUCUGUUACUUGCCUUAAAGUUGAGCUUACAGGCUUGGCUACUUAUGAGAGAGAGGCACAUUUUAAACGCUUGGAGUAAGUAAAGCUUCAGAAACCACAUGAGCACAUUACAGACUGAUUACAGUCCCUUCUGUCUAGCUGCCCACUCAGUGUAAGCUAUAGUGUGCCAGCAAGUUCAGCCAGAAGUUUUGUGCUGUUUGGGUUGGAUUACACUCUCUCAGUUUUUGAAGGUGUUUAUAUAGGCAUAGUUUCUCGCAGUGUUCUUGUUUUAAUGCCCAUAAAAUCUGGUGUUUCCUUAUCUUUGUCAGAGAAAUCCUCUGAUUUUUUGGUACAGUAACUAAUCUAGUGCAUUUAAAGGAAAGUUGUUAUGAAUCUCUUUUAUUCUGUCUUAAGUUUUACAUCGGGGUAGGAUGUUAGGAAGUCCAUUUGCAAAUGAGGAGGAAGAUAGUGCAGAUACUACAAGGCCUGCCAAUCUGGUUCUUACUUUUAAGAAAAACAAAGUAACUAGACUAAGGAGCUUACUGGUAAUUAGUAGCUAAUGUGUUUGUAACUAUCAUGUGCCUUAAAAUUUUCAUGGUAGGAGAAUAAAAAAGAAAAAUAAAUCAACAAUGUGUUUUCUGUAAUACUGCUCAACAUUCUCUCUGUAGUUUAGACUGGUGGGGUUUUGCAUUGUAUUUACACUGUACUAUAAAUUGAAACACUUAGAAUGGUUUGAUUUUACCAGUAUGGAGAGGAAAAAAGGUGGAUUAUGCUUUUCAUGGAACAAAUGUUACCGUGACAGAAUGUAUUAUUAUUAUAGGAUCUUUCCAUAAUGCAGACAAGUAGAAUGCUUGUUAGAAACCAGGUAUGUAGGAUAACAAUUUGGUGUGUUUUCAAUAAACCAUGCCUGGAAAGAA